UCCGCGUCGCCAUCCACACCGACCGCCUCCCCAACCUCCCCGUUCGCCUCUUCUUCCUCUUCCUUCUCCUUUCUUCGUCAUCGGUUGCUGUCAAGAAAAGAGAGAGAGAGAUGGAUGUGGUGUUAUGCGACGAGCUGGUUCAGGAGAUCCUGCAGCGGCUGCCUCCCUCCUCCGCCCCGUCCGUUUCCCUCGUCUCCAAGCGCUGGCUCUCGCUCCUCCGCUCCUCCACCACAUCCCUCUCUCUCCGCAUCCCCCCAAACAUAGUUACUGCCACUGAUGCUACUGCUGGUACUGGUAAUUCACCAUCGCUUUCCUCCAUCCUUGCCUACUACCCUUUCCUCACCAACCUCACCGUCAUCUCCGCUCGCGAGGACGCCGACGCCCUCCUCCUCUCCAUCGCCGCCGCCGCAUGCUCCCCCCGCCUCGCCAUCCUCCGCUUCCUCCCGGCCUCCCCCCUCUCCCCCUCCGCCCUCCACUCCUCAGCCGCCGCCUUCGCCAGCCUCACCUCCCUCCGGAUCGCCUCUCUCCUCCCCCUAUCGUUCUGCUGGCUCUCCUCCCUUCCCUCUCUCCGAUCGUUCUCCCUCGUCUGCUCACGCCCCAAACGCCUCCCCGGCUGUCGGCGAGAACCGCCAUGGCAAGAAGCGGAAGAGCCGUCGCCGCCGCCAGCUGAAGAGGACGAGGACGACGAUGUCGAUCAGUCGACGCCCGUGACGCUGCCGCUUGAGAGUCUGUCCUUGUCCGGCAUCUGCGCCGCCGACCGCGGUCUCUCCUGGUUGUGGCGCCGGUGCGCGGGACUCCGGUGGCUGCAGCUGCGCGCCUGCGAGGGGACCGGCGACGGCCCCUCAUCCCCAGCCUUCCCCCUCUGCCUCCCCGGCCUCCUCGGCCUCGAGCUCCGCACCUGCCGCGCGAUCGCCGACCGCGUCCUCCUCCAUGCCGCCGAACGCUGCCGUGCCCUCACCUCUUUCCUCCUCUACGACGGCGGCAGCCGCGACGCCCUCCGCCACUUCAUCCAUCGUCGCGGUGCCGCACUUCGUACCCUCGACCUCCGCCUCCCGCUCGACCUUCAUAACGACCACCUCUUCGCCAUCGCUGCCGACGACCACCGUGGCGGCACCGGCGCGCCCAGCGGGUCCGGCCACCAGCUCGCCGCCCUACGGCUGCACAGCUGCUGCCUUGUCACGGGAGACGGGCUCCGCUCCCUCGCAUCGUCCCCGGCUGGUGCGGCGAUUGAGGAGCUCGCCCUGGUGAAUUGUGAUGUCGUGGAGCGGGAACCCGGGUUGCUCACCUUCCUCAGUCAGAGCAUGCAGCGGCUGCGGAGGCUGGACUUGUCCCACACUGAGACGCUGACCGAUAAGGAGGUGGGAUCGAUGCUUGCGUCUUGCAGGAAUCUGGUGGAGAUCAGAUUAAGAGGGUGCGGAGCACUGACGGGUGCUUCUUUGAUUUCCUUGCUUAAGCACUGCGGCCAGCAGUUGGAGGUGGUUGAUAUUACUCGGUGUCCGGGAAUCGUCAGUGAUGCUAUUGAACUACUCGUCAUGAAUGCUUGCCGAUUGAGUCAACUGAUGGUGGAGGAGAGCAAAGUCACUGAAGCUGCUAUGAUUUGGCUGUCUCGAAAAGCAAUUAAGAUAGGUUGAUCAUGUAGUUCAUAUAUCAACCGCAAAGAAGGUAUUACCAUUCAAAAGGGAUGGCACCCACAGAGAUGGACAACAUUAGCACUUCGAGGCAAAGAAGAUCAUCGAUCAAAGAGAGAGAGAGAGAGAGAGAGAGAGAGAGGAAAUUUUAAUGAUUUUGCAUGUUGAAAGACUCAGUCAGAUGUAAAACAGAGGCCAUGGUGUUGAGCCCCAUGACAUUGAUCAGAAGAAUCACAAAGACAUCUAGACCAAGUACAUUUCAGGUGCCAGAACUGUGCCUAGACACAUGGUAUGUUGGUACCUACCACAAUGCAAAGGGAAGAGGAGAGGAGGAAGGCAAAGAAGGAAAGAUUAGAGGAGGAGGUGGAGAAAAAGAAGGAGGCAGCAGCAAAUGCGGAGGAGGAGGAGAGGAGUAUUAAUUCUUACAAAUGGACUGGCGGGCUGAGAGUGGCAGCAGAUGGCAUGAGGAGAAUCAAGAGAGAGAUUAAUAAAAAUUUACUGGUCUUGAUGCAUGAUAAAAUAUAUAUGGAAUUGAGCAGCGAAAACCUCUGAAAUGUUUCAAUUUUGCACCUUGGACAUAUAAUAGUUCUGAAUCAAAUCUCUUUAGAAAGAUCUUUUGUUUCAUGGUAGCCUGCUCCAGUCCCCUUACGAAGCUUUCGUUAUUGGGGAAGCUUCCACCCCCUACGUUUAUCCUAUUGGAUCACAACCAGUGAAGGCCACUUAAAACUGACGAGAGUUGAGGAGAGAGGUCUAAAAUGAAACAAUGGAUGACUAGAGAUUGUGGCCCCAGACAGAGGCUUGAACCCAGGUCAGGUGCCUUCUUGAUGGUGUCAUCCUCUGCUUCUGUAAAUGAGAAGUCCUAUGAAGUGACUUCCAUUACCUAACUAGCGGAGCGCAUGGAACAUUAAUUUAUGGAGUAUUAAGCAAUGAAGACAUCAAUCCAAUUAUGGCCAUAUCAAUGUUCUUCUAUUUCAGAAGGCCUCACAAUUGGUUCGUCCAACUUUGUACAUCCACUUUCCUGGACAUGAGCUGAGUUGCAGGUAAAUCUCUGCUUUUGCCAAGGACCACAGAAAGAACAAGUCCAUGAUAUCAAUGAGAGCAAGGAUAAUUUGGUAUAGAUGGAGAAAGUGAACAAAGAUUAACAACUUUUACUGACUGUGAAUGAUUUUUUCUCUCCCUGUAAUAUUAAGCCUUUGAGGCAAAUUUAACUUCUUUUAAUAACUAAUUUCCAGAGUUCUCAUGGGAGGCAGUGAAGAUGAUCACAACAAGUACAAGCUUGGAUUACAAAGCAGACUGCUAAAUAUCAUCUUUAGAUUAAAAGGCUCAGGUAAGUUCUUAGCAACCUCAUCAUGCAUCCUGCCUGAAUAAUCCUGCAACAGUUUUAUGAGUGAGAUGAAUUGCAGAUUAAUUGGUGAUGACAUGAAAUUUACUUUUGUUGCCAGCAUGACUACUAACGAGAACUUUACAAGCAGGAAAAAGACGUGAUGAUGAUGAACAAUAUCUAAUCACUGUUAUAUCAGCCUUAACUGGUUGAUCAAACGUGAACCCGACCCGUUAAGGAUAAUAUAACAUUGUCGAUCCGUUGGGGUGACUUCAUUGAAGAUGGGAGGGUUAAUGGGGGGUGUGUUCUAGGGGACGCGAGCGUUGGAGAUUGUGAAGCGGACCAACUGGCCGGGGCUCCUGUGGAAGCGCAUCAAGCUCACGACCACCCGCAAGAACAACGCCAAGAAGUGCCCUCCACCGUGUCUGGCAGAAUGAGUCAAUCUUGAGGGCUUGUGCUGAGCCACGACAAGAACCUACAGCAAGUAGUGCAGUUGCAGUUGGAAGCAAACAGACCAGAUCUUCUUGUCUAUUAAUCCAUCAUAACCCAUAAGAAUCUUGCUUGAAUGUCCUUUGUGCAGUUUUGGAUCCAAGAUCAAAUAUUGGAUAUGAUACUGGUGUCCUAGAAUGUACUGUUAGUGCUCGAAUUUGGUAUGACCUAUCUUCUCAAUGUUUAUUGAUCUUCCCUUUUAAUCCCAAUCAUAAAAUCUUUUCUUAAUUGUGGUGCUAUGCCUUGCCUUGUUAUUACAAAAGUGUAGUCAUUAACUUGUGAUCUACGUAUCAGUUGUUUUUCUGGACAUAUGUGCAGGUUCUGAUGACCGAACGUGCAUGCAUCUAUGCAUCUUCUAUCUAAGUAAGUCGUGUUGUUGAUGUUGUUAGACGCAGAAGCUAUAAUUGACCCCUUAUCUGUUGUGUGAUUGCGUGGCUUGAGUGACAUUAUUAUCCCAACCUGCCCACGCUCUUCUAGAUUUUUGGUGCCUGUCUUUGUUUCUUGUUCUGCUCGAAUUCCCCAGUCAACGGGGUGGUUGGUCAAAAGUCUAUUUAUUAAAGCUUGAAGAAAUGGCGUGUUCCACCGUGCCGGCAGUCUUCCUUGAUCGAUGAUCGCCGAGAACAAAACCGAGUCAGCAGUCCAGUGCCACACUCAAGAUGUGUACUUCCUGUGGAGUUAUAUUUCAUGCUUGAUCCGGACAUGCAAGCAUUACGAACCACAGCUUCUUCCUUGGCGGGUGACAGAGACCAAAAGAGUGUUCAAAGAAGGGCACAGCGGGGGAGAGCUGACAAGGAAUCAAAUGUGGAAAAAGAGGCUGCGUGGUUGCCGUCUCGAAAGAGUUCCCGAGGCUCUUCGAAUGGGCGAUGAUUCCAAAACCAAUCUCACAAGAAACUUCAUGAAUGUCUUGGCAAGCGUAAAUCGACAGGGAUAGCAAUCACUCUGUGCCCCUACUACUUCAUGUGCUGUGGAACGCAUGCAUGCAUGCAUGCCGCAUCAUUGGACUCGUCAAAGUUGUCGACGAAAUGACUACAAGAAACCUGGAGGAUCACAUCUCAGAAGGCUAAAGAUCCAUGAAAGAGCCUCAUUUGACAAGGUCAGCACUGCAUCUCUGUAUCAUGGGUCUCACUCUCCCUUUGUCAAACCAAAAUCUAGUGCAAGAUAUUCUUGGCCAAGUUGUGUGUCUUGUCAAGGGACCAUCAGCCCUAUUGCUUCGGCUCGGACUAAAAGCGUUUGUGCAUAGCCCUCCUUAUCUGGCUUUUUCUUCCCCUCUUUUCACAGCAUUUGAUCUUUUCCUCUGCACCACCAAAGCACUUCCUCUUCGAUAGUACCCUCCUCACUGUUAGACACAACUUGCAAUGUGCCAUUUCUUCUGUGUAUCCCUUCAUAGUAUUGUUUAAUACUUCAUUAGACAAAACUAAAGAUCAAAUAAGGAGACAUUUUGUUCUUCUGGACAUUGAAGUUUUCAUUUCCAUAUUAGCCAUCAGUUCAACUGCUGCAUAAAGCUCUUUUGAAUCUAAGUCGUAGAUAAGGCAUCCUACAAGUUACAGCUCAAAGCUUAUUUUGCAUUUGGUUUCUGAGGAACAAAAAGGAAGAAACAAAAGUCUUGAUCUAAUGAUACAGCAGCGCGACAUGCCUAUGUUCUCAUGGAGUCAAACUCAUGCUGCCUGAACUUGCUUCCUCUCCGUCACCAGAACCAUCAGAGAGUUCGGUGACGCAGCUCGACUCCUGCCUGUGGUCUUCCCCGAUCUCAAUCUUCGCUCUCUUCUUCUGAAAGACGCGGCAGACCACCCAAUCCCACCUUGCAGCCAUGGUACCCUGCAUCAUCAGGUUCAGAUCUUUCCCGAAUCAGUAACCUCCUCGGUUCUUCAUUUUGAUUUAUUAUAAGAUUAUUGCAUCGAUCGAUGACAGCAACUUUUUUGCAUGCUCAAUAGGGACUAGCUUGUUAUACUCCAAGGUUGGGUGAGAGUUCUCUGAUGGCUUCUUCUUAGGACUAGGAAGAGGAAGAACGGGGAAGUAGGAACUCACAUGAGUUGCGUCCGAUGUGGUAGUAGCAUGAGGGCCGGCAAGGCGGUACUCGUGCAUGAUCCAUUCGGUCUUGGUGGGCGGCUUCCCUCGGUGGAAGACGGAAACCUUCUUCAUCCCCACCACCUGGUGGCACCUGGAAGCCGUCACUGGUUUCUCCUUCCCUGUGGCUUUCCAGAGACCGGAUCCAGCCGCCUGGUUCCGGCGGCUCCGGUUCGGAUUUCUGGCCUCUCUCAGGCCGAAGAAGUACUUCACUUCCUCGCACCCGCACCCACCUGCAGCAUCACGUAUCGAGGUGAAACAUCAAUUCAUCAAGAGGUAUGGUAUCAGAUCAGGUUAGAACACCAACCACAAGCAGGUAGAUCCCAUGGAUUAUACUUGCUGAGAUCGACUUCCGGGAUGAUGGAGGAUGGCAAGGGAGAGGAGUAAACCUUCCUCUUAAGGUACUGAAGCACGAGCUCUUCGUCGGUGGGGUGGAACCUAAACCCAGGGGGGAGCCUCAGCACACCAUUCCCUGUGAAUCUUGGCUUCUCCUCCAUAGGUUAUGACCCAGAAGCUGAGGGAAUAGACAAAGAACAAAGAAGAGAGGGAAGAAAGAACUCUUC